CCGCCUCUUCCUCUUCCCUGACAAGCAUCACGCUUUCCCACUGUGACCUCAGACUGUCGUUGAGCCAAUGCAUGCCUCCUAGCACAAGUUUUAAUGAAACCUGAAGGGAGAGCAUCAUAAAUAAAUUGAACUAAGUAUCGGCUUCAAUAUUUAAUUGGUGACUUGUUCAGCUGACCCAACCCGACGGAGACAUGGCCGAAAUCGAAGAGCUUUCCCCGGCGUCGGGCCCGGUGUCUACCCGGCCCCCCGAAGACGAGAUUGACGACGAUGAAGAUGAAGAUCUGGAUGAGACAUUGAUGGAGAGGUUGUGGGGCCUGACAGAGAUGUUUCCUGACACUGUUCGUACAGCAGCCGAGAUGUCUGCACACUGCUCAGUCUCACUGGCAAAGAAGUUUUACAGUUUCUCCCGCUCUGCGCUCUGGGUGGGCACUACCUCCUUCAUGAUCCUGGUGCUGCCUGUCGUGUUUGAGACAGAAAGACUACAGCUGGAGCAGCAGCAGCUUCAACAGCAGAGACAGAUCCUGCUGGGGCCCAACACUGGAAUGUCUGGUGGGAUGCCGGGCAUGAUGCCUCCUGCGCCUGGCAAGAUGUGAGAAACAACGAGGAGCUGAAAAAGAACCUGAGAUCCACUGCUCGCGGUGCCGCAUGGCCGGCAACGAGGAGAGACAGAGAGACCUUGGAGAAGAGCAAAGAACUGCAUUUAAAAAAAAAAAAGCUGUAUGUCAACGGUGAAACAUUUUGCUCACUCCAACGCAUUGGAUCGUCUAAUGUGAUCGGAGGAGGAGGAGAAUGUGAUGCGUUUGUAAGCCUUCUCCCUCGCUGUCUCUCCUUACUCUAACAUCAUGCAAAGACUUAUUCCCAGGAGCACUGCUUCUGUUUUUUUUCUUUUCUUUCUUUUUUUU